AUGAACCCACAGCAGGAAAGCAAGAAGCGCAAGUCGGACGCACUGGACCAGGCAUGCCUGGAGCUGAGCGAGGAAGUAGAGAACUCGGACGAAGUUACAAAGAAAAAUGAAGAAAUAGAAGAAGAGGAUCUGGAAACACAGUUCAACAACUGGAAGGUGAAUAGCGGUUUACUGUAUGACUUUGUAAGCAGAAAGGAAUUGGAGUGGCCAUCCCUAUCCAUCGACUUCGGUGACUACCAUAAUGAGAACCAUGAAGACAAUGUGUUUAACCAAAUAGUGUGCGUAGGAACACAUACAUCUAAUAAAGAACCUAACUACCUGUACGUAUGUGACGUCCUCUUCCCGUUGGUACAACUACCACAAGAAAACUGCAUCUACAAAACGAAUGAAAAUUAUGAAGGGUUUGAUUUCUGUUCAGAAAAAAAAAAAUUUACUAUCCAGUCGAAAAUAGCACAUGAAGGAGAAGUCAACCGAAUCAAGUUCCUCCCUCUGGAAAAAAAAAACUUCGUUGUGACAAAAGCAAUUGAUGGAAAUCUACAUCUAUUUGAUAUUAAUAAACACAAAAUAGAAACAAGUGAUGAUAAAAUGAAUCCAGAAGUAUCUUUCGUUGGAAAUUCCUCAGAUGGCUUCGGACUAGAUUUCCAUGCAGAGAAAAAGUACGCCUUAACUUGUGGAAAUGAUGGAAUCAUUAAUCUCUAUGAUUAUACAGAUUUGAAUUCUAAAAAAGUUAAUCCUUUUUAUAAAGUGAAAUAUAAAUCACCCGUGAAUGAUGUGUGCGCAACGAACGAUCCGAACUUAAUUCUGGCUUGUGCAGAUGAUGGUUACAUUUUACUCUACGACAUCAGAAUCAAGGGAGAAGAACCCGCGCAACAGGUUCUAGGACAACAGGUAGCUGUUAACUGCAUCUCGUUAAAUAAGUUUACUGGACAUUUCGCAUCUGGAAGUGAUAAUGGAAAAAUAAAAAUUUGGGAUAUUAAAAGGUUUAGUGAACCACAACACAUUAUCCAUGCACAUAAAGAACCCAUCAUCCGACUGAACUUUUCGCCUAAUGAUUCGUCCAUCCUGGCAUCUGCAAGCACUAGUCGAUUUAUCAACAUUUAUAAUUUAACAAAAAUUGGUGAAGAACUGGAUGCUAUUGAUUUGUCUGAUGGUCCAUCUGAGUUGAUUUUUUCUCAUGGAGGACACACGCAACCAAUUACCGACUUCAACUGGAACCACCACAAGGAGCUCAAGAUGUUUAUAGGAUCUACAGGAGAGGACAACACACUGCAGUUCUGGCAACUCAGGACCGAGCUUCUGGACGAGGCCAAUACCGUUCCAACGUCCAACACAGACGUGGAGUAA